AUGGAUACCAAUGUGGCAUCGUUAGCCUCGUUAACCUCAAUAUUUAUUUAUCUACCCACGGUUCAUGCAUACAGAGAUGAGCCGGAUAAAGUGAACACUUUUUUCGACUAUUGUAUUAUGAUAUUGAUACCCGUUUUGCUUGUGGAUCUCAGUCAACAAAAAGAAUACAACGGGAACAUUGCUGUAGCCGAACAGGUUCUUACCGGGAUCUCCGGUUUGGCGCUACUAAUAUACAUGUCGGUAACAUCACAAAAUCCUUUUAUUGAUGCUGUACCAGUAAUCGCAACCAUAGUUGCGGCCGUUCUUUGGCUGUUUGCAAUUAUUUACAUAAUACGCCGUAAACGAAAGCAUUACAAAAGGUACUACGAGAUGUUGCCUCAUACAUCACCAGGUAGCUUCGAAGUUAGCUCCUUUAAAGUCACGCUAGUGUUGGUUACUCUGGUUUACAUUUUAGGCGUAACCACCUGUCUGUUCAUCAUAGCACGUUUCUGGUGGCUUCACUUUGAUGGCUUUAUAAAUGAUCGGAAAAUACCAGUCAUUAUGUCCUUAUCAUAUGCCGUUCCAGUAUACAUGCACGUUAUUUGCAAGGACUCGUUUAUUUCAAUAUGGGCUGUAGCUUUAAGCCAGCUGCCUAUACUUUACGCAGCCGAUGAUUUGAUUUUGCGUUGCUACUAUGCAUGUCUUAUCUCCUACGUAUUAAGGUGGCUCACUUGGACUAAUCGACUUAGUCCAACGGAUUAUGGACCAGAUGGAUGCCUUCUUAGAAGCCUUUUAUAG